AUGACCGACUAUCGACUCCCGAUUCACCAGGCACCUUCUCGGAAGCCCGUCCCUGGCAUGCAUCGUGGAUACCCUUUCCAAUCCUACGAGCCUCACCAGCAACAGCCGCCGCACCAUUAUCGUUCGCAGCAACAGCAACAGCACCACCACCCACAACAAGAAGUUUCUCCCCAUCCCUCAGUAUCCUCGGCCAGCCGCAAUCGAACUUCUUCGUCCCAUGUCUCGCCGUACGGGGCGCAUCAGCAACAAUAUGCCGGUGCCCCUUCGCCGCAUUACACAAUGACCAGCCACGUUAGUCACCCGUCGAGGCGCCUGUCUAGUGCCACCACCUCCACCAGCUCGACCGGAAACAACUUUAGCUCUGAUAUCCGCCGCAGUACAUCAUCCCGUUCGACCAGCGCUCAAGUCGGCUACGUGGCUCUCAUGCGCAGGCAGAAGGCAACUGUCUGGUGUGAUCGAGCUCAGCCUGAAGAUCCCCGACUUCGGGCCCAAAAGCUGGCGGAUAAGAAGAGAGCCUACCUGGAAGUCCACGGCGCCGGACGCACCGGUACCCUGGGAAGCGGCAAGAACAAGCUUGGAAACAAGGGAGUGACGGAAUUUUCGGCGUCAACUCUCGUUGGAGCGACCGUUCCGGUCCGUCUCAGUGCAAACGAGGUGGGCGACGGAGACGAGGAUGGACACAGUGACAAUGGAUUUCCUCAUCGCCGCACGGGCAGCGGCCGCAGUUCUCUCGGGAGCAAUUACCGCUACCCUAGUGGCUACCAGCGGCCUUCCCAGGGCACUCCUGGGAGUAAUAAUACUCCUCCCAACGAAAAGGCUGAUUUUCCGGAGGUUACAGAAAAUCCUCCGGCGGAGCGCCACGAGGAGGAAAAAGCCUCAUCUGCCAAGGACGAUUCUGCCACUAGUCAUAGCAAGACUAGUGAGCAAGAGGAUAGCUUCGGAUCAGUAGGUGACAUGACUGCGCCCAGUGCCGCCACCACCGCUGCUGAGAAGGCCCGGAAGGCGGACGAGUUGCGGCGCAGAGGCAGUGUGGACGAACGGACGACCACGAUGACGAACGUGCGACUCUUCGUCGCAAAUCCCGAUCUCAGUGACUGA